CCUCCUCUCCCGUGUCAGCACCGCCCCUGACAUCCAGCCUCCAUGUUCGUCCUUUUCUUGUCCACUACCUUUGACCCGCGCGCUCUUGGUCUCGAAUUUGGUUAGCAUCCUUCAGGCCUCCGACUUCGACGUCUCACUAGGCGCCCCGCCACUCCCUGCAGUUGUUCGGACGCUUCCACGUCAGCGACCCUCGGCCGCGGCUCCCGGAAGCUCCUCCAGACACGAACUUCCGGUCUCUGGAGCUCCGGGCCACCGAGACGCCGUCAGUAGAAGCCUAGAGGGGCCGCUGUCUGAGGGGAGGGGAACUGAGGCUUCCGCUCAGCUGAGAGGCAAGAUGGCCACGGCUGGGGGCGGCUCUGGGGCUGACCCGGGAAGUCGGGGUCUUCGCCUCCUGUCUUUCUGCGUCCUACUGGCAGGUUUGUGCAGGGGAAAUUCAGUGGAGAGGAAGAUCUAUAUCCCCUUAAAUAAAACGGCUCCUUGUGUCCGUCUGCUCAAUGCUACUCAUCAGAUUGGCUGUCAGUCUUCAAUUAGUGGGGACACGGGGGUCAUCCACGUGGUGGAGAAAGAAGAAGACCUGCAGUGGGUGUUGACCGAUGGCCCCAACCCCCCUUACAUGGUUCUGCUGGAGGACAGGCUCUUUAAAAGGGACCUAAUGGAGAAGCUGAAGGGCAGAACCAGCCGAAUUGCUGGUCUUGCAGUGUCCUUGACCAAGCCCAGUCCCACCUCAGGCUUCUCUCCUAGUGUGCAGUGCCCAAAUGAUGGUUUUGGUGUGUAUUCCAACUCCUAUGGGCCAGAGUUUGCUCACUGCAGAAAAAUACAGUGGAACUCCCUGGGCAAUGGCUUGGCUUAUGAAGAUUUUAGUUUCCCCAUCUUUCUUCUUGAAGAUGAAAAUGAAACUAAAGUCAUCAAGCAGUGCUAUCGGGAACACAACCUGAAUGAGAACGGCUCGGCCCCAGCUUUCCCGCUGUGCGCCAUGCAACUCUUCUCGCACAUGCAUGCCGUCGUCAGCACCGCCACCUGUAUGCGGCGCAGCUCCAUCCAGAGCACCUUCAGCAUCAACCCAGAAAUCGUCUGUGACCCCCUGUCUGACUACAAUGUGUGGAGCAUGCUCAAGCCUAUUAAUACAUCUGGGACAUUGAAGCCUGAUGACAGGGUUGUGGUUGCUGCUACUCGGCUGGACAGUCGUUCUUUCUUCUGGAACGUGGCCCCAGGGGCUGAAAGCGCAGUCGCCUCCUUCGUCACCCAGCUGGCUGCGGCUGAAGCUCUGCAGAAGGCACCUGAUGCAGCAGCCCUGCCCCGCAAUGUCAUGUUUGUCUUCUUCCAGGGGGAAACUUUUGACUACAUUGGCAGCUCUAGAAUGGUCUAUGAUAUGGAGAAGGGCAAGUUUCCUGUGCAGUUGGAGAACAUUGACUCAUUUGUGGAGCUGGGGCAGGUGGCCUUAAGAACUUCGCUAGAGCUUUGGAUGCACACAGAUCCCAUGUCUCAGAAAAAUGAGUCCGUACGAAAUCAGGUGGAGGACCUUCUGGCCACACUGGAGAGGAGUGGUGCUGGUGUCCCUGCUGUCAUCCUCAGGAGGCCAAAUCAGUCCCAGCCUCUCCCACCAUCUUCUCUGCAGCGAUUUCUUCGAGCUCGAAACAUCUCGGGCGUUGUUCUGGCUGACCACCUUGCUGCCUUCCAUAACAACUAUUACCAGAGCAUUUACGACAGUGCUGAGAACAUUAACAUGAGCUAUCCUGAAUGGCUAAGCCCUGAAGAGGACCUGAACUUCGUGACAGACACUGCCAAGGCCCUGGCAGAUGUGGCCACGGUGCUGGGACGUGCGCUGUAUGAGCUUGCAGGAGGAACCAACUUCAGCGACUCUAUUCGGGCUGAUCCCCACACGGUUACCCGCCUGCUCUACGGGUUCCUGGUUAGAGCCAACAACUCAUGGUUCCGGUCCAUCCUCAGGCAGGACCUGUGGUCCUACUUGGGUGACGGACCUCUUCAACAUUACAUCGCUGUCUCCAGUCCCACCAAUGCCACUUACAUCGUGCAGUAUGCCUUGGCAAAUCUGACUGGCAAGGUGCUCAAUCUUACCCGAGAGCAGUGUCAAGACCCAAGCAAAGUCCCAAGUGAAAACAAGGAUCUGUAUGAGUACUCCUGGGUCCAGGGCCCUUUGACUUCCAACGAGACAGACAGGCUCCCCCGGUGUGUGCGCUCCACUGCCCGGCUGGCCAGGGCCUUGUCCCCAGCCUUUGAGCUGAGUCAGUGGAGCUCUACUGAAUACUCCACAUGGACUGAGAGCCGCUGGAAAGACAUCCGUGCCCGGAUAUUCCUAAUCGCCAGCAAAGAGCUUGAGUUUAUCACCCUCAUGGUGGGCUUCGGCAUCCUCGCCUUCUCUCUCGUCAUCACCUACUGCAUCAAUGCCAAAGCUGAUGUCCUGUUCAUUACGCCCCGGGAGCCAGGAGCCGUGUCCUACUGAGGGGCACCCAGCUUGUCCUGCCUUCCCAGAUCAUUUCUUUCACAACGGUCUGUCAGUCACUGGAACCUCUCUAAGCCUGUCUCAGGCUAGGAGUAACAUAAAGGAGUAGAACUGUCCAAAAAGACAGGAGAGGUGAAUCUGUCGCCUCCACCCCUCAACCCCCCAGCUCCCCCGUCCUCUUCCUUCCCUGCCCUUGGCAGAUUGCAGGAUUACAGACAGAAGUUUCUGGCUCCUGUGUACUGCUAGUUCUCCACCCUAGCUUCCCUUCUACGGGAGCCCUCUUUCCAUCCUGUCCUGUAUCCCCCCCCAUCCCCACCCCCGUCUCCAACCACCUCCUGACCAGGAGAAAGGACAUAAAGGGUUGAAUGUCAGGGUCCAGCUGCACUGAACCCCUGGGGAGACUAGGGCAGCUCUGGGCUGAGCCUGCCUCCUUCCCACCGUCCUUUCCUGGGUCUCAGAUGCGCAUCAGGGUGGGUGUGCUGCCAGGUGGGUAUCCCACCUCCAGCCCACUGUGCUCAUGUGUACUUUUUAUUAAGCUGUAAUAAUCUAUUUUUUUCUUUUUGUAUAUAUAUAAAUAGUAAGUUUCAUUAAAAUAGAUGACCCCACAUGA